CAAACUAAGAGAAUGACAUGGCCGACCCAUGUCACCUAUCAACGACACUCCCUUCUCAUUUCUCUGAUGCACCACCGACUCUGUCGUUAAGCUCUGUCUCACCGAGUCGGUGAUAUUUUUCGAGUACGCGAACGAUCCUCGAUUCCUCUCCAAAACCCCAAGGGCCGAGCUUGAUUAACGAGAGGGGUCGAGCGGGGCGGAAGGGGGAAGGUACUCCGAGUGUGGGGGACAACGUGCACUUUGACGCACGGACGUCCGUCGUGCGUCAUUUGGGUAACACGCGUCGCGUGCGACAGAUACACGGGACGAGCGUCCUCGAUAAGGACGCUCGAUCGCUCGCGCGUGUGUAUGUGUGUAUGUGUCGUGCGUGCGUAGGCACGAGUCGCUGUAGGGACGAUGGAUUACGUGCUGAUAAAGGAUAUCCGGGCGGGCCAGAAGAACAUCAACGUAGUGUUUAUCGUUUUGGAGGUUAGCCACCCUACCAUCACUAAAGAGAACCGCGAAGUUCGAACGUUCAAAGUGGCCGACAGCACCGCCUGCAUGAACGUCUCCAUCUGGGACGAGCCCGGCCAGCUUCUGAUGCCGGGCGACAUCGUGCGGCUCACCAAGGGCUACGCGUCCGUCUGGCGGCAGUGCCUGACCCUGUACUCGGGCAAGAACGGCGAUAUACAGAAGAUAGGGGAGUUCUGCAUGGUGAUCAACGAGCAGGUCAACAUGAGCGACCCGAAUCCGAUUCUGUCGCAGCAGCUGGUGAAUCAGAGCGGCUCGGGCCCGCCCGGCAGCAACGUCAACAACAGCAUCACCAACAACGGCAACGCCAAUAGUAUCUCGGGUCAAUCGGGACGGCAGCCCUUGGCUAUCCAGAGUAACACGACAACUCCCAGUAGCGGAGCCACGGCGAGUUCGACGACCGCGAAAAGCGGAAACGGUGGCAGCGGUAACGGUAACAAUGUCGGCAAUGUCGGAAGCGGUAGCGGUGGCGGCUCCGGUCUACCCGGUGGCUCGGUGCGAUACUCGUCGUCAGAACGAGAGUCGACGGCAAAGUCGGCACCGACAACCAAGAGCAACUCGCGCGGCCGCGGUGGCUACAGGAACGGGAAUCGCAGCGACCGGAGAUAACACACGAGAAGAAAGCGGCUGAUCAUAUACGUGUAACGAACAAACCAAUGUGUGUGUGUGUGUGUGUGCGUGUGUGUGCGUGCACGAACACUUGCGCGUUGUGUAUAAUAUAUUAUUUCUUUUUUCUUUUAAACUCUGAUUCUUGACGCAUUUUUUGAACAAAUAUGUAAUUUUGAGAUGUAAUGACAAACUAGCACUAUUUGAUCGAGAUUGAAUCCGCGAAUGCGAUCUUAACCGAAAAUCGCAAAUAAUCACCAUAAUAAUGGAUGUUUAAUUCAUUUUUCGAGCAAUUUUGCUGCAUUGUUUCAAAUAUUGAUUAAAGUCUUGCAAAUUUUUAAAAAAUC